AUGCUGCUGCUGCGCCUCUUGCCCCUUGGCCUCUUUGGAAGGGUACUUGGCUCUGAAAAGAAUCAUCAAAUGGAAACCCAAACCCAGAACAUGUCAGAGGAGCUAACGGAGGUGAGUUUCGGGGUCCACGAGCUGGGUGCCGUGUACCCCACGUGCUCAGCACUGCUUCUCAUCCUACGGAGGCAGCAGCUGCAGCACCCCUGCUCGGGAGGCUCCUGGGCCGCCGGUGGCCGAGGUGACGUGUCCCUCCCCAUCAGCUCCGAAGGCCUGGCCCCGCGGACGAACCGACUCUGCUCCCCGGGCCCCUGGCUGACUCCUGGCCCGGACCACCUCUUUGACGCCCCCUUUCCAGUGCUGAGCCCCGAGUCCAAGAGUGUGCGAAACUGGGUUCUCCGGACGGCUUCUCCAGGCUCCUGGAACGGGUCGCACACGCAGCGUGUCGGGGUUCGGAGUGACACGGCAGUAGUGAAAGCUGCAGCUGAGUUUUUAGACCUGGCGGCACAGCAGACCGCAGGGCUGGCCUCGGGCAAGAUGGAGAACAGGCCAGCGCCCGGGACUCCUCUGCACCCCUCAGCCUGGCAGGGGCCGGCCCCAGGGAUCCCCCAGUCCAUGGCGAUAGCAUCCCAAGCUCUGGACGUCUCAGAAGUUGCAGCAAAUUCACUGACUCCUGCUCAGCUCUCUCUGGAAGUGAAGCUCAUCUCUCCUGGCCUCCCUUUUCGUCUGCAUGGUGCCCUGGACUUCCUGUCCUCCCACGCAGAAGCUGUUGUGAAAUCGGGUCCAUUUCUGCCUCUGUGA